GGUGUUUUGGGGGGCAUGGAAUACUGCAUUUCCCAACGUCAUAACGGUGCGAUGUUAUUUUUCUGUAUUAAUGCUUUGGUAUGAACUUCGACUACGCCUAACGCAACUGCAGUCGUCACCGUUCACCGAAACGUGUUGACUGGGUGUGGUACAGUUUUCCAUUUUUCUCCUGUCGGUAGGCCUACACUAAUCGUGAAAGUUGGGCCACCCUAAAGUUGAUCUCUGCCCACGUUAAGUCAUCGUUUACUUCAUAUCACCAGAGCUGCAGAGAAGAAACGUGAUAUUGAUGCUGAAAUGGCAGUCAGAAACUAACCUUUUUGGAGUGGUUCAGGUCGUAAUAUUUUGUGGUAUUAUAAAACUUUGUGCGUGGGUGCAGCGUCCACCGAUAUCUUGAUCGAGGACGGAGUAUAAGGCAUCGACCAACCUGCACUUCUUGGCAUUUGGAGUUUUCGUUGGUCCUUGAACCAACCAAAGGGAUUGUUGACUGUCACUCCCAUCCCAGUUGCUAGCUAGAGACGUUCGAUCACCCUCCCUCACGAGAUAGGAGCUCUCUACGGCCUUCUUGUCGGUAACAAACCAGAGGAUAUAGAAGGCUUGAGGAGGCCAGGCCGGAUACCAAGAUCUGAGGCGAGAUGGGUUGGUGUGGCUUAGGGAACAGGCUUGAAGCUACUCUUCUUGUCUUUCUCGGACUUUUCUCAGUGGCUUCACUCCAAAAUGUGGAAGUUCCCAAUCUAGCUUUGUCCUUCAACGAUGAAACUGAUACUAUCAAGGAAGGUUCAUCAGCCCAAGUGUUCAAUUUUGAUGUGGCCAUCACCCUGUCGGGUACCAGUGACCCUGCAAGUGCAGAGGGGAUCAGCGACAGGUGGAACUUAACCUUGGAGGUGCAAGACGGCGCUGGUGUCCCUUGUGCCCCUUCUGUCACUGUGUCACUCACAGCAGACCAGUCGGGCGUGGCCAUCCCCACAGGGGGCCAGGGCACCAUGACAGGGGUGACUGCCACUGUUGACCUGAGUACCUGUCUCUGCGCCUCUGCGACUCAACUUCAGGUGACCUUGGGGUCACUUAGGUACACACUCGUGCCAUCCAUGCCAACAGCAACUGGAACGAUAACCUGUCACAGUCUCAUUGGAGACACCCUCACCAUAAUAACUGCUGGGGUAAGCCUGGUGGAGAACGCCAACAAUCAGCCUGUGACGGUGAGUAUAGUGGGUAACAGUGCGUCGCAGGGUCGCACUGUUGCUAGUAGCACUGACAACUGGGCCGUGCAGGUGUUCAUUGCCACGGGGGACAUCACCACCAACACACCAAUCGAAAGCACCAGGACUAACGCCACAGUACCAACAGACCAGGCGGCUCAAGGGUGGACAGCGGGAGACACCUUGACCCUCAACGGCAUCACGGUCGCACUGAAUCUCUCUGGGGUGGGCAGCUGCGAAAACAUUGACCUCCUCUGCACCUGGCUUUACCGCAGUCCGGAUGCCGUGGCUCAGUUCAGCAUAGAACGGAGCAUUAUCUCCUGCAUGCCGGUGGUAUGCAUUGGUGUCCUGAUUAAUCAAGUGAUUCCAGCCUUCACUAAUGCCACCAGCAUCAAGCAAGGGCAGGUCAACAGUGACAUACGGCUGACGGUGACCAUUGAUGCCGAUAACACCAAAGCCUCCAUCUCUGGAACGGGUCUCUGGCAGGCCAACGUAUUUGGUAAUGCUGAUGCCAACUGCAUGAACCCCAGGCAAGUUCCUGGGACAGUGAACUUGAUGGAUGCAGUAGACUACGGCCUGGAUGUUAACCGUCAGUCUGUCUGGCCCCAGAUCAUAGUAUCAUUGAACAUGGCGCAGUACAGCUGUAGUGAUGCCAGGUACAUUUGUGUGGAGGUCCUGAAAGGCGCCAGUCCCUCUCCGGACUUUACCCUGUCCUUCAGUCCAGAGUCGGCUAAGUAUGGCUCCAUUCAGGUUGAUUGUGUAGAUUUGAUGGUAGAAGGGGGCACCCUGAAUGUGAACCCAGCUACCCAUCUGGCAGCCUUCAAGGAAAACCACAUGAUGGAGUUUGAUAUCACCUUCACCUCAGCGGCAAACAGCGGCGGUGUGGGAGGCACAGACUUGUGGGAGUUGGUUGCCUUUCCAGCACAGAAUGCCGAUGGCACUGGAAGAACAGGCCCCGAAACAAUAGUUCCCCUUACAGCAGGUCAGUUGAAUGCUGCUUUUCCCGGUUCUGGAGGCUCUCUUGCCCUCAAUGAUGUGACAGCCACCAUUUCAUUGGUUAGCAAUCCAUGUACCGACUACAAUUACCUGUGUGCCAGGCUAAGGAAGAAUGCUGGUGCCAGUCCUGAUUUCCAGAUUACAAGUGAUGUUACUGUGUGCUCUGCACAACUGAAUUGCCACAAUGUAAUUUUGACUAGUACCACAGUCUCUCCGUCCGGAGGACAGUCUCCAAAUGGCCUGCCCUUGUAUGAGGGCGUCGACGGACAGGGGAUCUACUUUAACGUCACAGCAGCAUCAGACUUGACGGCCGGGAGUGUGCCCAGCGGAGCCAAUCACUGGCAGUUUAAUGUGUCGUUGGGAUCAGACAGCGUCCUGGCCGUCUUGACUCAAGCUCAGCGGGAUGCUAUGCUCACGGCCGGCACUGACCUCACGUUCACAAGGGUUAUGGCAACAUUGGAUCUGAGAAACCAACGUUGUGCUACGAUUGGUAACCUGUGCGCUGAAAUAAUGAGGAGCAGUGCGGACACCCUCGGUUUCCAGCUGGAUUCUCCCUCAGCCCAGAACAUGGGGUGUUUCACCCCCACCUGCCAAGGCGUGGAGAUAACCUCGCUGGUCAUCAAUGAUGGUGUCACCAACUUUGCCCUGGAGGAAGGAAUGCAGGGCCAUACCAUGACCUUCUCAGUCGGGGUGACCACCAAUGCAGAGGCCGGCAGCGUGCGCGGCAACAACCUGUGGAAGAUGCUGGUCUACCUCUCCCCAGACAACUCCAGAAACAACCUGGUUGAAGCUCAGGCAAUGACAGGGGCUUGGGUUGAUGAAGACGUGCUCGCUGGGGUGGCGACGACACUUGGUGGUGUUCAAGUGUCUCUCAAUCUGGAUACCACCUGCGCCAACAUGCAGUUCCUGUGCAUUGAGCUGGACAGGGCUGAUGGGGAGAAUUUCCUGCUGGACCCAGCGCAAAAUGUUCUGAAGACGUGCAAGGCUGUCCCACAAUGCAAUGGCAUUGAAAUACGUGGUGAUGCAGCAGUGGCAAUUGGCAGUGGAGGACCUCUAGUCGAGGGUGUGGCCAGUAACGCCCCUGUGGUUGAAGUGUCGCUGAUGUUCACCGACUCCAGCGCAAGUGUCACAGGCAUCAACAUCUGGAACGUGACCAUCUUUGGCAGCAACAACGAGUUCGGCACUGGGGAGCGCAUUGCUGAGCAGGUGGCAGUCGUCAGCGGGGACUCGGCAGCGGGGCAGAUGCGACAGCUGGAUGGGAUCACCUGGAACGUGAACAUGACUGGGCGGCUGUGUGCUAAUGUCAAGUAUAUGUGUGUGGACUUGCAACUGGUUUCCGGUGCAUCAUUUUCUCUCAUUCCUAACCGAAAUCGUGAAUGUACAGAGGCACCAUGCGAAGGAAUUGUCAUAACAGCCGAAGAUUUCACGUUGAAGAAUGCCGGUAACAUCAUGGAAGCCAGUAAUAUUCAGACACUGACCACCGAUGCUGUCACAGCUCUGGCUAAAGGAAAUGGUGCCGUCAUCCCUGAUAACACUGAAAGUAUCUGGGAAGUGUCGCUCUUCCUCAACUCUGCUGGUGAUGGCACGGGGACUACCUACGACCGCUCACAAGCCAGCCUGCUUCCCACAGACCAAAUGCUGGGCAUCAGUAGUGGCAGUCCAUUGAACAUCAACACCGACCUCCCGUUUACGUUCACCAGCUCCAACAUCCUGUGCGGUUCCGCCCUCUACGUUUGCCUGGAGAUCUCCGCUAAUGCUGCAGUGAACUACAGCAUCACAUUCCCACAGAAUUCCACAUGCAAGGCCAUCACCUGCACAGGUGCUGUGUUUACAUCGGCCAACUUGACCGCACCAGCCAGCACGCGGCUCAUCGAGAAUGAGCAAGCACAUCCAGUCCGAGUCACCUUCCAGGCCAGCACGGCCACAGACACAGCCACUCUUGACUCUGGUUCCAAUUUCUGGCUCCUGAAGGUCUUUGCUAACACCGAGCCGGAUGGCAGCGGGCCUAAGCGCUAUGGUGAAGCCACUGCUACGCUGAGUGGAAACCAGCAGAACACCCCACUUCUGGCAUCGAGCACCGUUGAGCUGGCCAACGUUGAUGCCAGUUUGAACCUCGAGGGCUUUGUCUGCCCAUCACGCAUGAUAUACUUGUGUGCUGAGCUCCAGCGCAACCCAUCAUCCUCCCCUCCAUUCACUAUCCAAGGUACACCAAGCCCUCUCAUAGCCUGCCAACAAGUGGAAUGCCAAGGUGUUCUGAUCACCAGCAUCAACGUCGCCGGUCAGUCCCAGGCAGUGGUCGAGAAUGAGGGCAACCCCAUGAGGCUGAACGUCACCGUUGGGUUGGGUGGAGCGGAUGCCUCUGGCACCAACCUGUGGAAAAUGAAUGCUUCCCUUGUCACACCCAAUGGGAUGGUACUGGAUGCCGUUGACGUGAACCUAGGUGACCAGGCUCAUGCAGCCAUCGUAGCCGGGCAGCCAAUCACAUUUAGUAAUCUGGCAGUGCCCUUUGACCUCACAGGUCUGAUCUGCCCCAGUAACGGCACAGUCAUGCUGUGCAUAGAGCUGUCACGGGGUGGGAGUAUUGACGCCAAUUUCACCGUGACGGGAACAACAAGGCAGUGCCUGGACCUGGACUGCUUGGGAGUGGUGAUAGUCCAGAGUAGCAUCAGGGCCUCAACAGGCUCCCUCCUGGAGGGGCGCGCCAGCAAUCCCGUCACUUUCGAUGUCUCUUACUCUUCCUCCCCCAACGGUGCCAGCAUUGAGGGUACUGGCCUGUGGUCUAUCACUGUGUUUGGCAAUAACCAGGGAGAUGGUUUGGGAACUCGUAUGGCCGAGACAACUGGUACCCUGCAGGGCAAUGGUAACAGCUUUCCCUUGAACAAGGGGAGCAGUGUUGAAUUCAAUGGUGUGUCUGCAACACUGAAUUUGAGUCCCUAUCGGGUGUGUGAGGAUGUCCACUGGGUGUGCACCGAGCUGAAGAGAGGGAGUGCUCCAAGCAAGAACUUCUCCCUGGCAGACACCAACAAUGCCAGAAUAGCCUGCACGAGCCUGGACUGCACUGGGGUGCAGAUUUCCAACACAGCCCUCAACCUUACCACCAAUGUUCUGACAGAAGAUUCAGGCAACCAGGCAGUCGAAGUGACCAGUGUUGUUUUGACAGGAGGGCCGGGAUCCUCAACCCUGCCAGACAAUGAGAAUUUCAAAGUGGUGCUCUUUGGCAACUCUAUGGAGGAUGCGUCGGGGCCCAGAGUUGCUCUAUCGGUGGUGAACGUUAGCUUCUCUAUCCAGAGUGUAGCACCAGGUGGUUCCACUACGCUAACCGAAGCAAUGUCUCCUGUCCUUAAUCUGACGGACGUAUUCUGCACUGACCUGAAUUACCUGUGCGUCAGAAUCUACCGCAGUGACACUGUCACGCCAAGAUUCAAACUGGAAGGGGUACCCAACGAGAACAGCCUACAGGACUGCAUGGCCAUCACCUGCAGAGGGGUUCGUGUGACUGGCGGAGCCGUGCAAACCUCAUCUAUCCUUCGCGAAGGAAAUCCUGCUUAUCCUGUAACACUGACAGUGGAUUUUGGCACAGACGCCAAUGGAGCCAGUGUGAGGACUGGUGGCAUGGACCUGUUCAAGUUGGUGGCAUUCCUCUCUGCCGCUGCAGAUGGUGGGGACCCCAAGACAUCUGAGCAGAGCGUGGACCUUCCGCAGGGCUCUGAGAGCCAGCCAGUGACUGCCAGCUCGAACAUAACCUUCACGGGAGCCGUUGCCAGUGUGAACACCACCACCUGGACCUGCCAGGCUGAGAACUUCAUCUGCGUACGCCUGCUGAAAGACCCCAUGGCUUCCUUGGACUACCUGCUGGAGGGUUUUGACACGGGAACCCAGACAGUUGACCCCACAAAACUUCAGCAGUGCACAGCAAUAGACUGUAGAGGGGUCAACAUUACAGAUGUAGUUUUUGUGUCAGACGAGCCACUGUCCUUUGAGGAGCGAGAUCCCACUGCCACUUUCACCUUCGACCUUGGUCUGGUGGCGGACCCUACUGCCGGAGGCGUUACAGGCACUGGGCUGUGGAAUCUGACCUUUGCCCUGAACAGUGCGGCCGAUGGCUCGGGGGAUGCCUUCGGUACGACUGUGGUGGCUCUCUCAGAGGAGAACGCCAACCGAGGGGUGGACCCUACCGGCCCCAGGACCAACCUGACUGACAUAGAGGUCACCUUGCCCCUGGAGGGGGUCCUGUGUUCCCAGGCCAGCCCAUUCUACCUCUGUGUCAAGCUAGAGAAGGCAUCAGGAAGUUCCCCAGACUUCACGCUCACUGUGGCAAGCAAUUGGAGCUGCAGCAUGGUUACUUGUUAUCCCGUCCGCAUCAGUGACAUCUCCUUCAAGGUGGCUGUGCCAGAGGCCAUUCUAGAGAAUGCUGACAACUUCCUCCGUGUGAACCUUAACCUCACCACCGACUCCCGGUCAGCCAAUAUUUCAGGGACCGGUCUGUGGGCCUCUCCGUCUUUUGAAAUUCGGAAUGCAGCCAAUGCCACAACUCUGGGCUCAACUGGAGAAUACUGGACGAUGCCCCUGCAGAACAUGGCCGUAGCAGCCGGUGAGACUGCAGAAUUUAUGAACGUCUUCCCCGUAACUUUCACCCCUGCUGGCGUGGUGUGCAGUAAUCUGACUCAGGUGUGCAUGACCUUUAGCAAGGGGUCAAACCCCAGCCCGGAUUUCGGCGUGGAGUUCCUCUCCAGUGCUGAAGUCUGUGUAGGCAUUGAAUGUCGAGGUGUGGAGAUCAUUUCCACAGUCAUCUCCGAGGUGCUGGUAGGAGGGACGGUUACAGAGCGCAUCACCACCGGCCAGAAUGUAAACCUGUCCAUCUCGGCUACCUCCUCUGCCGACGGGGCCAGCAUCAACGGCAGUGAUUUGUGGGCGCUGACAGUCUACUACACACCCAACCCCAAUGGAGCAGUGGACCCUACACUGGGCUCAGCCACGGCUGACUUGACGGCCACCCAGCAGAAUACAGCUUUAGUCGCCGGGGAGGAUUUGGUGCUGACCAGUGUGUUCAAGGCUAGUGUGAACCUGUCUAACUUGGUGUGCCCAAAGGGCGGUCUGUACCUGUGUGCCAGGCUGCAGAGGCAAGCCAGUCCCACCCCUCUCUUCACACUGUCCGGUAGAGGUGGGGACGCGUCUGCCCUGAUCGGCUGUAGAAGUGUCCAGUGUAUCGGUGUGCAAAUCGAAGAGACAAAUCUGCUCAUCUCCAGCGGCAUGCUGAUACCUGUUGAGAGGCAAGCCUCUCACAUGGUGCAUUUCUCCUUCACAUCGACGUCCACACUUACAUCUGCAGAGCUGUUGGGCACAGGGCUAUGGAAGAUGGUUGCUUUUGCCAACCGUCGGUUGGACGGAUCCCACCACCGUCGGUCCUAUGAGGUCGAUGUUGUCUUGACAUCAUCUCAGAUGAAUAGCUCCGUUUUACCCGGUUCACAAAUGUCCUUUUCUGGUCUAAUGGUGGAUCUGAACCUCCAACAAACAGACACCGAAUGCCGUGAGACACCUUUCAUCUGCGGUCAACUGUUGCAAGGGGACAACCCGAAUCCCGAUUUCUGCUUGCAGGGAGUGCCCGAUGGCAACGCCCUAAUCAACUGUAAACCCUUGGACUGCAUCGGUGUGAAAAUCACCACUUUUGACUUGACCAACACUGGCAGUGAGAUCCUUCGCGAGAACAUGGAUGGCCAGCUGUUCUCCUUUGACGUCAGUCUCACAUCUGAUUCCACAAAGAGCCCGGUCAUUGGCGACAACCUCUGGACAUUCCGGACAUUCCUCAAUGACGCAGCGGACUGUCUCGGCAUCGCAGAGGAGGUGGCUCUGACAGACGCUGGCAUAAGGCCUGGUCAAGAGGACCAGGACCUGACUGCAGGCGGGACCAUCACCUUCAACGUGGAUGCCUUGAUGAACUUCAGAAUGAAGUGCCCAGCCUGGGACAACGUCUACCUGUGCCUGGAGGUCUUCACAGGGGACCAGACCAGUGUCCCCUUCACACUGUUUGGAGACGUCCUCAAGGGGGUGCAGAUAGAAUGCAGAGGGGUUGAAGUGACCAACACGGACAUCCAUAUUGUCAAUUCACCCGAGAGGAUUAUUGAGAGUGAUGAUGAGGUGAACCUUGACCUUAACCUGCGCAUCUCCUCUGUGGCGGCUGCCUCGAGCAUCUCAGGGACAGGGCUGUGGUCAGUAGACAUCUUCAUCAGCAAUGAGGCCUCAUGCCAGACGAACACAACAGACCGCAUCACCUCCGCACUCAGCCCGAUCAACUACAACAAGCCCCUGGUGGCUGGGGCAGUGCUGCUGCUGAACAAUGUGCUGGCUACCAUACCACUGCGGGGCACCCUCUGUGAGGAUAUCAGCUACAUCUGUGUUGACUUUGGCAAGGGCCCCAGCCCUUCGCCGAACUUCACAUUGGUUCCUGUGCCUGACAAUUCAUCUCUGAUGGCGUCUGAGGCCAUUGAGUGCCGAGGAUUGCAUAUAGUGUCCACAGAACUCACCCUGUCGGAUGGGGAGCCCCUCAUCUCUAAUGACCCCUUGCACCCAAUUGCCUUCAGUUUCACCUUUGAGACGGACCCGGCCGGGGCCAGCGUCUCCAACCCCACCAACCUGUUCCGCCUUCAGGUGGCAGCCACGGACAGCCCCACCCGAGCCGCAGUGGUGGCCUCGCCACACCAGAUGCCUUUCCUCUACUCCCCGCCCCCAGGCUUCAACAUCGCUGCCGGCCGGCGCUACACCCUCCCUGUCCAGAUCAACCUGAACCUCCGUGGGGGUCGGUGUGAUGAAAUUCCCUAUGUCUGUGCAACGCUGAUGAAGGGCUUUAAUGCAAUGCCACCUUUCACGCUGACCCCCGACAUGGACAACCCCAUUCUAACAGCAUGCAGCGAACGCCUGGAUUGUAUCGGUGUGAAAAUUGCAGACCAGCGCCUAACCAUCGAGUCAGGAAUUCCAUUCAUUGAGCAUUCAAUGUCCAACCAAGUAGAACUGACUGUCCGCCUGACAUCCGACCAAGUCAGCGGUACUGCCGAAGGGACCAACCUGUGGUCUGCCGAAGUCAAGCUUUCCCAAGACAAUCCCCUUGACCCAGGCACAGAAUUCCUAGCAGCCACGCCAGCCACCUUCAUCGGCAAUGACGCCAACACCAUGCUUGGACCAGGCCAGACAGUGGCACUACGCCUCAGGGCUGACCUCAACCUGACAGGCAUAGCAUGUUCGGAUGUUCGGUACCUGGUGGUCAACAUCACCAACCCCAACGCUGACCCUGAAUUCAGCCUGCAAUGGAGAGACGGUCUGGAUUUUGUCGUCAUCUCGCAGUCCUUCACAUGCUCUGGUGUGUAUCUAGAAACGUCCAGCUUGGCUGUCUCAGAUGGGUUCCCACUGAAAGAGCUGGCUCCCUCUAACAAUGUGACGUUUACCAUUGGUAUUCGGGUCCCUCCACAAUCUGCCACUGUGACCGGGGACAAUUUGUGGAAAGUUAGAGCUUUUGUCUCUCCCAAUUCUAACGGUGAUGGCACCCCAGAGGAUGAAAAGAGGGAGGCCAAAUUGACCUCUGCCCAGGGAGCAGUCCCUAUUGUCGCCAAUGCUGUCAGCAGCCUCGUCGGUGUAGAGGUAAGCCUGGACGCAACAGGAAAGUAUUGCGCAGACAUGACCCAUCUGUGUGUGGAGGUGUGGCGUGGUGACUCUGCCCAGCCUUACUACAACAUUGAAUCGCCGGCCAGCCAGGCUGACCUUCGAAUAUGUCGACCGACCCAGUGCAAUGGUGUCCAAAUCAUGAUGGUGACACCAACCAUUAAGACUGCUGCUCCGCUCAUCGAAAUGAGGCCAGAUCAGGAGGUCCAGCUUGACCUCAAUGUAACGGCUACCCCGACCAGUGCUGGCAUCGAUGGAGACAAUUUAUGGGCGGCCACUGUCUUUGUGAACUCCCAGCUGGAUGGUUCAGGCACCAGGUACUCGGUCAAAGAGGCUGUUAUUGAUCCCUCAGUGAGGAAUAGAGAUCUGGUUCCGGGUGUCGUACUCACCUUGGACAACCUGGUUGCCAACAUGGACUUCACUGGUGUCUCCUGCAGCCAGAUGCGGUACAUCUGCGUGACGCUGAAAGAGAGCGACCAAGCCCAGCCGGCCUUCAAUCUGACUGGGGGCAACGGUCUGACCAGCUGCGUUGAGACAAACUGCAUCAGUGUUGCCAUAGCGUCCGGUACGUUGUCCCUGGUUUCUAAUGAGGUCCUGGAACGUGACGACUUGGCGUCCUUCACACUGGAUGUCUCAUUUAACCCCUGGACCAACAGUCGCAGCCUGCAAGAGGAUGACAGCUGGACCCUGUAUGCCCACACCACUGACCGGGGCGACGGGCUGGGUACAGCGUACACCAUCAACCAGGUGGCCCUGACCAGUGCCCAGCAAGACCAGGCCGUAGCUGUGGGCACGCCGCUGGCCUUCAACGGCCGGGAUGUGACCCUGGACGUAUCCACACAGAGGUGCAAUACCACCACACAUCUGUGCGUGAUGCUGGGUACCCAAACGGGUGUGUCCUUUGUGCUGGGGGGAUACCCAAGCCCUGCCAGUCUGGUAGCCUGUGCUGAGCUCCUUUGCUCUCCAAAGGAAGUUGUGCUGACGGCAGUUGAAGUGACGGAACAACUUAUCAGAGUAGAAUUCACCGAGGCCUUCGGGGACUUUGACCUGUAUGUCCUGACCUACUCACCCAGAGAUGGCAUCACCACUUCACCCUUCUCCAUCCCACGGAACUUGCCGCGAUCACUGGACUUCAACCAGCUGACGCCUGGCCAAGAGUACACUAUCCAACUGAUGCUUAGAGAUGGCAGUGAUGACAAGGCCGGGCCUUUCACCCUCGUGCAAAGGACAAGGCCAGACCGAGUCAUCCUUCAACUGGACAGUGUCACCUCCUCCGAGCUCAGUGUCUCAUGGGACGAGGCCAUAGGGGUCUUUGACCACUACACCCUGGUCCUGGAGCCUGCGGACACUGGCCUCCCCCGCACUCCGCUCAACGUUUUCCCAGUCGAAGACCGCCAGGUCACCUUCACAGGGCUGCUGUCCGCACGCCAGUACAACGUGACCAUCUACACGGUCAGCGGAGAUGUUAGAAGCUUGCCAAGCUCCGUCAUCGCUAACACAGACCCAUCUACCCCCGUCCUCACCAGCACUGAUAGGGACGAGACCAGCGUGAACUUGGAGUGGUUCAUCCCUGGUGGAUCGGUGGUGGACCAGUUUGAAAUCCGCCACCAGCCCACCGAUGGCAUGCCCCAGCCAAUCCUCCUUCCCGGCCAGACAGUCCGGGCCACUCUGGAGAACCUGACACCCGGCCGCCGCUACGUCUUCUCCCUGGUAGCAGUGUCCAACAUUGGCGGCCUGGUGGAGAUACGCAGCAUGCCAGCUGAGAUCUCAGUCCAAUUGUUGCCAAUGGCUCCAGCAGAAAUCACUUACCAGGACACCACAGAGACAUCCAUCCGGAUCCAGUGGCCUGGCGCGGUGGGUGAGGUGGACUACUACACGGUGGCCUUCAGCCCCUCGAUGGCCCUGGCCCAGAGAGUAGAGGCAAAUUCCCCCCGGGAGCUGGUGUACCAGGGGCUGGAUGAGGCCAGCGAGUACACAGUGACCAUCACCACCCACGUUUCUGCAAUUAAUGGGGACCUGGUCAGCUCGCCGGUCACCCGCAUAGUCUACACACUUCCAUAUCCGCCUGGCCCACUGAGCAUCGUCCAAGUAACUACGACAACCAUCGAAUUCCAGUGGCAGGAUGCAACCGGCCCCCGGGAUGGCUACGAGGUGACCUUCACCCCCAAUGAGCCCGAAUUUGUCCCCCAGUCGCCCUACUUCACAACGGGCACCACCAUGUUGCUGACAAACAUUAAGCCCCACGUGACCCUGGACUUUGCAGUCCGCACAAAAAUAGGGGAUGUGGUCAGCCGUGCUCAGGAGCUCAGACAGAGGACAUUCCCAACCUUGCCUGGUCAAGUAAGAGACUUCGAAAUCACCAGCUUCGACUCAGACAACAUCCAGAUUGCCUUCAAGGUACCUGAAGACCCCAAUGGUCUCAUCUUGGCCUACCUAGUGUCUGUCGAAGGAACCAAACCGGGUGAGCCAAGCGAGUCUGCCUUCCAGACCAUCACGGCCCUUCCCAACGACAUUCAGUUUGAAGAAGUCAUCUCUCCUCUCAAGGCUGGCUUCACAUACACUCUGUCGAUCCAAGCCACAAAUACGGAGGGAUCUGGUGAACCAGUGGUGCUUAAUCCAGUCACACUGCCCAUCAAAGCACCGUACUUCAGUGGCCAGAUUUUACCCAAUGACCAAUUCGUCCUGGCGGUCACUGCCUCCACCGUCACCAUCCGCAUUCCAAGGUCGCUAUUCUCGGACCGGAAUGGAGUCAUCACUUUUUACACCAUUCUUGUUGUGCAGGACGGAGCCAAUCAGACGGCAGGUGCUGUCCUUCCAAGCUACCAACAGGUUCGGAACAAUGACGUCAAGCCCAUCUACCAGUCCUCAGAGCCCCUGGACCUGUUCAAUGUAGCCGGGCGAAGGCGUCGCCGGCAGGCUGUCACUCCCCAGAGUGUGGACUUUGUCGUUGGGGAGGAGUCCCCCUGCCCAAACUCCGGCUUCUGUAACGGUCCCCUGGACCCCAUCACCCCUUACAGGAUUGCGAUUAGAGCCUUCACAGAGAAUGGUCUUUACACAGACACCCCUUGGUCUGACGUUAUCACAACAACAUUUGACCCCUGGGUGUUCGUCUAUGUUCUCAUCCCAUUUGCCAUCAUCAUCCUCAUUAUUGCUUUCAUCAUGUGUCUCUGCACCUGUCUGGUCAGUGACAGGAGGGACCCACCCCGGAAACAAGCCCCAAGGAGAGCAGAUAAACAACCUUUGGCAGACACACAGCUCAACGAGAAUUCCAGUAACAACGUCAGCACUGCUGCCGCCUCCCCGGCACCCCUUGCCCCAGCCACCCCACCACCCAAGAGGAGCCCCACCUCCAGGCCAAUUGCUGUUGCAAAGUUUGGCCAGCAUGUCAGCAAGAUGUCUGCCAAGACUGGGGACAAUUUUGCCAAGGAGUUUAAGGAUUUGAAUCUCAUUGGUGAGACCCAGGCCAAAACAGCUGGGGCCCAGCCUGAGAAUGAGGAUAAGAACCGCUAUGGCAACAUUGUCCCAUUCGACUUCAAUCGUGUUAUACUGAACAAAGACGAAGACUACAUCAAUGCCAGUUUCUUGUCGGGUUUCUCUGGCAACAAUGAGUAUAUCGCCGCCCAGGGACCCCAGGCCAACUCAGUCAAUGACUUCUGGCAGAUGAUCUGGGAGCAGAAGGUGCCGGUCAUCGCCGUCAUCGGGAGCUGUGUGGAGAACGAACGGGUGAAGUUUGCUCAGUACUGGCCCUCAGACUCCACACCCAUCACCUUUGGUGAGGUGACCGUGAACCGAGUCUCAGAGCGGGAGGACACGGACUUGGGCUACACUGUCCGGGAUCUCUGCCUAGAAUUGGGAUCUGAGGUGCGUACCUUGCGUCAGUACCAGUUCACUGCCUGGCCGGUCCACGGCGUGCCCAAGAAGUCAGAGCAGAUGGUGCACUUCAUACGCACCGUACGCUCCUAUUUGCCAACGAACGCCGGGCCCCUUGUGGUGCAUUGCGGUGCUGGUAUUGGCCGCACUGGGGUCUUCAUUACCCUGGAUAUCCUGAUCCAGCAGCUAGCUUUGGAUGAGGAGUACAUCGACGUGUUUGGCACCCUGGCUGCCAAGCGACAGGAGAGAACCAACAUGGUGCAGACAGAGCUCCAGUAUGAGUUUGUACACAAGGCACUGCUAGCCACACUGGAGGGCCAUGCGAAGUCCAAACGCCGUGCCAGCAUUGACAGUGACCAGCGUAUUGAGAACAUUAUAGCAGAGGAGUCGCUGUAAACCACAAUGCACCCCGCUGUCACUUUGUGUCAAAUACUAGUUUAGCUGACCUCCGUUAUGGGAUAACAUGUCCAGAAUAGUUCAUCUGUUGACUGUUCAUUAUACUUUGUUAAUCUUUUGGGAGAAAAAUAUUUUGUUGAAUUUGGGAAUAUACCUGUCACAUUAUAAAUAAAGAAGAUUGUCUUCGGGAAAUAAAAGUGACUUUUGCAUGAAAUGUAACCAACUGUGCUGUAGUAUGUCUAAAGAACAAACAAUAAUACACGGAAAGUAAGAAAAAUAGAUCCAAGAAGAGCAUAGGCUGACAGGCAAUGCAAUGAUUUGUUGCUGUUGUGUGCAUUUUUGUGUAUGAUGGACUGGUAAUGCUAUAGAAUUUCACAGAUCUCUGACAUAAGUAAACAUUUUUGUUUCUAUUCAGAAAAAGCAAGUAAAACUUGCAUAACUGGUUUUUGUUUGCAUUUUUGUAAAGUGUUAAGCCAAAAAACUUUGAGUACUCAGAAAACAGUAACUGGACCCUCCUUUUUAUGGAGAUUUUGGUUGAAAGAGAGGUCAGAAUAAAUGUAUUUUUGGAUCUGUUGAGGAAAGAAAUUGUAAGUUUUUUAACAGUGCAGGGAUCUUUUUGUUUUUACUGAGCACCAUGUUGCUAGGAUAAAUGUUUCCUUGGUAAUGUCCACAAUCAUUUUGAGAAGUAUGCGAUGCUUGGUGCAAAAGAUUUUGUAGCGACAUUCAGAGAAGAAAAAAACAGUAUGUCUUGUUUGUACCACGUUACAAAUGACUAUUUGUUUUCUGUUGUAUUUAUUGACAAAUGUUAAGUUUUUCAAUGCGUUUAUGUAUACUUGUAAUUGUUAUGUAGUAAAAUGAAGGUAAAAGUCUGGAUUUUUUUCACGAAUGAUUUUUUUCUAUGGUGAAUUUAUCAGGGUAGUGUUCGUAAACAUUGAUGUAUAAGUAGCCUUUCUAAACAUUUAUAUUUUUAUGCAUGAUUUUUACAUAUCCUUAUACAUUUUCCCAGUUUUUGUAUUUCGAAUGGAAUGAACAAGUACUAUUUUUAAACGACUUUAAAGGGAUUUAUCUUUGAAAAGGAUGUAAAGUGGGGUAAUUAUUGCUAAAGUUAAAGUUGCUCUGUGCCUGCAAAAGAACAUGUCAAAGAGUGCCUCAAGAGACUUCAUGGGUGGAAAUAAAGUUUCUUCACUGACGUUUAAAGUGAGUGCGAAGCGGACAAAAAUGCUGCAUAAAAUUGUGCACUUGCUGAUCUGUUAAGUUGUGGAUGGAAAUUAAUUUGAUUAUGUGAUCAUUUAUGAUUGUGGGAUGACACCGUCUUAGUAACAGCAUUGUGGGGACGGUCAUUCCGAUAAAUAUUUGGGCAAAACCUGAAACAAUAGAGGCGGGCUAAUGGAGUUGAUGCUAAUGGUUUAUUAGCAGCACCUGCCCUUAUACUAAUGAUGAUGUUUGGUUUUCAUUCAUUCAAAUUAUUUUGCUCCAUUCAUAUCAAGUUACAAUAAUUGUGCAGGUUUGAUUCAGCUGUUCGUAUUCAUUGUUAAUUUACUCUAUAGAGUACCUAAUUUAACCUCUCCUUUCAUCUUGGCCAUGAAGAGUUUCAUAUAAGAAAUCAUCAUUUUCGAAAUAGAUAUGAGUUGAUUUUUAUCUAAAGAUGAGGAUUUGUUGGUUGGAUGUACAUAGCCACACCUCAUGAUGGUAGUACACCCUAACCACUCCAAGGUAUAGCUACAAUUUUUAUGAAUCAGUGUAUGAUAUACUGGUCCUUGCAGCCACUCAUGUCCUUGAAUACUGUCAUUUCUUGGCCAGUUUUCAAAAUCUCGAGUUGACAAUCCCUGAAAGUCUUUGUUUCACCAUUCCCUGCCUCUUAUUGUGUAACUUUUCUGAGCUAGUCGUAGAAUCUUUUUAAACAUUUUGUGUAAAAGCCAUUGCUCCUGCAUCGCCUAUCACCCAGAGUGAAAUAUCAGAAUGUUUUAAUCUGAACCAGCCUGACCUUUGAAGCGUUGUUUGUAGUGACCUACUAGAGAUGAUGACCUGUGUGUCACUCCCCCCCCCCCCUUGACCGCAUUGUGCAUCAGCUCUUAUCACAUCUCAUGGAAACCAGAAAAGGGAAUAUGUGCAGUUACUUUGGCAGCAUUUUCUGCAGCAGAUUUGUCAUGUGACUGUACAAGAUGCAUGUACCUUGUUUCAUUGGUUGCCUAGUCACGUGCCAUUCCAGUUGCUUGACGUGCAACUCCUUUCAAAGGUUGGUCUGAAUUGGCUGGACUAACGGAUCUCAACCUUUUCAUCGUGCAGAUUUCAAAAGUGAUCAAUUUGAGGUUUUUUUUUAACUAGUAUUAUAUCAGUACUGUGUGGAGGGAUACAUUUUUAAUUAAGCCAAGGCUUAGUUCUCACUGGAAUGAAUAUAUAUAUAAAUAUAUGAAAUAAAAUGUGUUAUAUUAAUAAGUGCAUUCAAAGA